CGUCCUGCAUUUACAACCACCGUUUACCGCUCAGGUCGGAGAUCGUAGAAUGAUCAUGGCGUAUGAGCUGGCCACCAAGGCUCUUGUUGUUAGCCUUGUGCUCGGCGCCGUCAUCGCCGGCAGCAUCACGCCGAUCAAGGCCAUCGUGUGGCAGGUGCCGGCGGUCUACGUGUUCGGCAACUCCACGCUGGACGUCGGCAACAACAACUAUUUACCGGGGAAGAACGUUCCCCGUGCUAACAUGCCCUACCACGGCAUCGACAUGCCGGGCUCCGGCAAACCGACCGGGAGGUUCAGCAACGGCUACAACACCGCCGAUUUCGUUGGGCUGUUGCGACCGGCCAGAGGAGGUGCUGCAGCGGCCAUGUGCAGGAGGGAUGACCACGGCGCCUUCCUUGAGAGAUCUGCAUUAGUUGUACAAGGCGUCCUAGAUCCAGCAGCACUUGAGGCUAUCGUGUGCAGGGAAGCAUUCUCCUUGGCAGAAGACCUGAACAUUCAGCGGAUGGUGAAUGCAUCGGACUCCAAGCAAGCGGAUGGUGAUACAAACACAGGUAACCAAGGAAGAUAUGGCACGGUGAUCAAGGAAAUUCGGCAGAGACCUUCUCAUUUUAUAUGUAGUUUUACCUAUGAGAGUCAUGAGUCGAACGUUGAGGCACAUAGUCUAGCGAAAAUUGCUCAUUCCUUGGCCCAUAACGCCAUGUGUGGCUAGGCCAUUCUCAUGAUCCAAGAUUAUCCAGCAAACCGUGGCUUUCGAUCGUUAAUAAAUCUUGGA